AUGACACCAAAACCGCUCCAAGACUAUGAACAGGAUAUGGAUGAUUUUCCAGUGAAUCCCUAUGAUGAUAAUGCCUCUUCGGACGGCGCUGGCUUGGUUUUCAUGUCGGAGCAUCACCACAAUACUCGUGAUGGCAUCAAACCUUCUAGAAACAAGUUUGAUGUUCCUGAAACCGCAGGUGGUAGUGUUGAUGGUAGUGAUGAUGAUGAUGCAGGCAUGAAUGAAAUUGCCCUGGCCGAUGAAGAAGACUCCUUUACCAAGACUUCGGGUGACCCUUUGAAAUCUGCAUCGGGAUCAGCAAGCCAAACCUCUUCUUCAUCAUCAAACACCACACCUACCAAAUGGUUCCAAUCACUGCCAACCAAACUGAAAGAGAAUUUGCAAAAACUCAAAGCCGUACUUUUAACCAAUGCCUUCUUACAAACCAUGUUAUUGAAUUUCUCGAUUACGUCAUUUUGUAUCGGUGCCUCGUGCGUCGGUUCAUUGAUCAACGUAUUUGCCAAACAAACUGGAACUACCAAAGAGCAAGUUGGAAUUGUUUUUACCAUUAGAGGUAUUGGUUCACUUGUCACAACAAUCAUUGGUGGCCUUGUAAUGGAUGCAAUUAGGAAAUUUAUCGACAAAAAGAUUAAGGAUCAAAACAGAAAAAAUCUCUACGAAACACUCACAAUUUAUAGUUUAUUAAUUGUCUCAAUUUUGGUUAUGGCUUUCUCACUUGUUUUAAUGCCUUUUGGAUCCUCACUUUGGUCAUUAUGCAUUAUUUUCUUCAUAUUUGGAGUUGGAAGUGGCUAUUUAGGUAUUUGUGCACAAGCUUUAUUGUUUACCAUUUGGUCAGCUAUGAAAAUUGAUGUGUCUCCAUUUUCACAACUUUUUCACUUCAGUGCUGGAAUUGGCCUGUUUUUGGGCCCUACUGUGGUUAUGACUGUGAACGCUUUGCUGGGAAUUGAUAACUCCAAAUUGGUUGUUGUAGAUCAAAGCGAAACCAUGACAAAGUUAAACUCUAUUUUUGAACAUUUGGAAAAUGGAACCUCCCUCCUCACCAAUGGCACAACUUCCAAUGGCUUUAUUGAAGGAACCUCAAUUUCCAAGUCAGUCAUUGGAACCAAUGCCGUCAUUUGUGGAUUCUUCUUGGUUUCCAUCUUAUUCUUUUUAGGAUUCAUGCUUUACCUGUGGAUUAAGAGAGACGAAAAAUAUGAAAAACCUCAGAAGUUGGUCGAAAAGGAACUCAAGAAUAUCAAUGAUGACGAGGAACAAGGAGCAGGACUUUCAUCCCACGAAAGUAUUGAUGAAAUUCACAAACAUGCAGCUGAGUCAAGCCCGGUCACUAAACCAACCACUUCAAGCCGGUCUGAAUUUAUGAUCAAACUCACUGCCACCAUUUUGGUUGCUCUAGCUCUUCUCAACUAUUGCAGUGCUGAGGGUACCUACGGAAAUGUGCUGUACAGCUACAUGACAUCCACAAAAUUACUGGACGAUCCUGAAGCCAACAUGUUGACAUCUGGUGUUUGGCUCUUGUUUGCCAUUGGAAGAGGUGUUGCUAUUCCAAUUUCUUACUUUGUUCCACCUUUUAUCAUGUUAGUCAUUGACAUGAUUGGUGUCACAGCUUCCAUCAGCAUGUUCUGGAUUUUCUCAGACAAUGUGACAGUCAUGUGUGUCUCAAGCUUGAUCUAUGGCUUCUCCAUUGCAUCCAUGUAUCCAACGACAAUUGCCAUUCCUGCGUCCGUUCUCAAACUUGAAAUUACUGGUAUGAUGACCAGUUUAAUGGUUCUUGGCGGCUCCACAGGAGCUAUGGUUGGUCCUAGUGCCACACUUGCUCUCUUCCGGACCAUUGGACCAAAAACACUUUUUGGAACAGUUACCUUAAACAUGAUUUGUUUGGCAGCUCUCUUUGUUGCCCUCUUUGUUUUUGGUAAAGUUCUCAAUAGAUGGAAGAAUGCAAAGACUCUCUCAUCAUCUUAA